AGCAGUCCUGGAGGCCGGUCCAGAGUUGUAGCGAUCAGCGCCCAGCCGCUUUGGAACCCGCCGGGACCUGAACUCUGCAGGGGAAAAGCUCGGCGAUUGAACCCAGCCAGCGGAGUUCUAGAAGGGGGCGACAAUAGAACCCAGCUAGCGGAGUUCUAGAAGGGGGCGACAAUAGAACCCAGCUAGCGGAGUUCUAGAAGGGGGCGACAAUAGAACCCAGCUAGCGGAGUUCUAGAAGGGGGCGACAAUAGAACCCAGCUAGCGGAGUUCUAGAAGGGGGCGACAAUAGAACCCAGCUAGCGGAGUUCUAGAAGGGGGCGACAAUAGAACCCAGCUAGCGGAGUUCUAGAAGGGGGUGACAAUAGAACCCAGCCAGCGGAGUUCUAGAAGGGGGCGACAAUAGAACCCAGCUAGCAGAGUUCUAGAAGGGUGGCUAUAGAACCCAGUCAGCGGGGUUCUAGAAGGGGUGGUGAUAGAACCCAGCCAGCGGAGUCUAACGGGGGCUGCCCGGUUCAGUCAUGCUGGAUUCGGCGGUGCGACUGGCUCUGGGAGCUGGCCAGUUGGUGGCUCCGGGACCGCAGCUCUCAGAGCACCUGGCCCUGCUACAGGCACAGGUGCUCGCUUCCCUCUGGCCCAUACUGCUGCUGGGAGGUACUGUGGCACUGCUUGUCCUGCUUGGGAUGCUUCGGCACUGGGGCCGGACACGGUCGGGCCCCCAGCUAGGCGCCGUGGGAGAGGAGGAUGGUGCUGGGGCUGCCAGCUGCAAAGCCAGGCGGCUGCCAUCACCGGCCCAGCAAACGCACAACGGGACAGCAGGGCAUGGACGGCAGGAGCAAACGGCAAGGCAGAGCCACAUGGCAAAGGUUCCAGUGAAUGGUCAUCUUCUAACCUGUGUUGGCAUGAGAGAAAAAAAGCUACUGAAGUCCAAGAAAAAGAAGAAGAUCCAGUCCUCAGAAAAGGGAGCAUCAAAAGACCACUUCUUUACUGAAAAAGACAAGUUGCCAGAGGAAGAGGAAGGUGUUUGGCAGACCAAGAUCAGUAGCCGAGAAAAAAGACACCUAAGGAAAGAACGUCUGAAACAAAAAGAAAACCCUAGCAGAGCAUCGCCCGGUACCUUGAUGGUUGAAGCAGUCUGUGAUGGGGAUUGGAAACUGACCAUUGGGCCACACGCUGUGAAUGGGAUGGAGGACAACAGCAGCAGUGGAAAGGGAACUCACUGUGAGUCAGGGGCUAAGACAGAUGAUGGUUCCGCUGUAAGGAACUCAGAAGCCACAAGAGAAGAAUUUGAGCCCACACAGUCUGAAGAGGAUGUUUUUACCAAUGUAGGAACAUGGGAUGUUGCAGAAGCAAAAGCUUAUCCUCUAACCUUUGGGACUUUACCAGAGCUGUCUGUGGAGUUAAGUAAUCUGAAGAGUAAAUCAUCUCAGGAUGGCCCCUCCAAAUAUCACUGGAAUGCCAGCUUAUCCUUCCUCGCAGUGGAUGAUGCAUGGCUUGGCCAGCAUGAUCCCUUAGCAGCUGACCUCAAUUCCGAUUGGAAUGCUCCCACAGAGGAGUGGGGAAACUGGCUGGGAGAGGAGGAUACAUGCACAGGACCAGAGAGAGAGAAGCAAGGUUUAAAAAUGAGAACAGAAGACAUUUCAAGUGAAUUGAUAUUUAUGAAACACAGCAGAAAUGCUAUCUGUCCCUCUUUCAAAAUACUCCAGGACCCUUUUAACAAUUUACCCCAUAAUGAUGUGCCUGUUAAAAAGGAGAGGCGGAAAAGGAAGAAAAUGAGGAAAGAGACUUGAUGGGGCUAUGUAGCUGACAGUGUGAAAACCAAAUAGCACGUGUGCUGAUUAGCUGCAAGAGUUCUGCUUUCUGUGGUGAUGCUCUGAGCCCAAAGCAAAGAGAGGAUCUAGAAGAAUCCCAAUAAAUGGGAGGAGAGGAGAACAGGAACAGUGAGCUGGAGAGGAAGAGGGAGAGUGUGUGUGUGACAGAGAGAGAGAGAAUGAACCAUAUAACAUGUGCUGAAGUUGGUGUUGAAACAGAAUUGCUGUUCAAAACAACCCACUGUCCUUGAUCACUUAAAGAAAACUAUUAAGUAGGUUUUAGCCGAUUUGCAUUAAACCCUUCAGUGUCCUUUUACUUAUCCACUUGUCACAUUGCAUGACAUAGAAUUAGCCAAUCCAUAAAUAUGCAUGAAUGUAAUUAAAUUCUAUAAAGAAUCCACCCUUUAUUCCAGGCUUCAUGUGCACUUUAGAAUGUGAUAUGUAAAGUUGUGAUCAUUGACAGGUUAACAAUGUACAGAAAUUGGGUGGUAUGUGCUACAGCGGUUGUAAAUCAUAAGAAAGCAGUUGUUAGACCUAAAGAAAGAACAUCACCGUUCACUCACAAAUAGCCUCUUGAAUCUUUUUAACUCACUUCCGCUUUUGAAGUUGGAUUUUUACCUAACCCAGUGACAUUUUAAUGUAUUUCAGCUCUCACACAGACCAGCUAGCUCCAAAAGUGAACAUUUCUAGAAGAGAUUUUAAUUUAUUUAGAAAAGUUGUGUAACUUUUCCAGGGUUUGUGGUGAGCUAGAGUUUACUAGUCUGUAUGUUCAAAGCAUGAUCCUUUUGCUACAACUUUACUUUAGCCUGAGAGAACCUGCUGAGGACUUUUUUCCAACCUGCAGUUUGGUAGUUUUUAUCAUUUUAUUACUUAACUUCUAAUAUUAAAGAAAAGUAUCUAGAUGAAAGUAAAAAAAAUGUUUUUUAUGGUGAAUGGCCUAUACUUCACAUCUUCAAACAUCUGUUUAAAACAGAAAAUAUCCAAUAAUGAAAUGUUCUAUCUUAAAUGCCAAGAGGCUGAGAAAGGUGUGAGAUUGAUACCACUGAAGCUCUUUAUCCACACAUAACUAUAAAUGCUUCCCUGUACUGCACAGAUAAUGUGCCUCAACUCUGAUCCAUUUUGGGAAGGCCACCUCAAGGGGUAAGAUGUUAGUUAUUCAGUGUCUGUAUCCAUCCAGCUCUGUGCCUCUGAUGAAACUGCUAAAAAGGGUUCCAGUUACUGUUGGAUGUAAAACGGACAUUUGUUCCUAGACCAAAAUCCUAAAACUUCUUUCACAUAGGCCCGCCAUCAGAUGUUAGUAAUGUGGAAUCAUGACCAGCAACUGGAACCACUGAACUAGAGGUAAAAACUUCCAUUCAUCAGUAACCAGAACCAUACAACAAAUAGUCUGGUAGCACUUUAAAGACUAACAAAAUAUGUAGAUGGUAUCUUGAGCUUUUGUGGGCACAGCCCACUUUUUCAUUAUACCAUCUACAUGUUUUGUUAGACUUUGAAGUGCUACCGGACUAUUUGUUUUUUAAGUCUAUCCUGUACAGGCUAACUCAGCUACCCCGUGAAGCUUCAGAACCAAACAGUCCCUGUUGCCAAUGUAUUUGUAUAAGUGUAAUUUUAUCUAAAACUCUGAAAGCAUACAUGUUGGCUUUCACUCAUGCUGUUGGAUUUAAAGCAUUAGUAUCCCUUAUAGAAACUUCUUCACAGAAAUACUGUAUUAAUAUAUGUAAAAGAGCAAUUAUCCUGUGGUCUUAAGCACCUUUGACAUAAAUUAAAGAUGCAGUUAAUCAAAGUAAUACAAGCAGCUAACUUAGUACCAUAAAAUGUCCCUCCCUCCACAGAUAAUUGCCCCAUCUAGCCCCUUCCUGACAUAGAACCAGAGAUAAUAACUGAGACUAGCAAUAUGACCUGAAGUGAACAAAACAGGGUUAGUUCAGUUAGUUCUCUGGGCAUUUUCCCCUAUCACAUGGGAUAUUUUUAAGUAAGAACAUUCAAUAAUAAGCUUUAGAAUUUGCAUAUCUUGUAUGCUUACAUAUCAGUUGGGGAAAACAUUUGCAAUUUAUGAACGAGACUAAUAAAGCAAACAAUGUCUUCCCUGAAAAGCAGCUUGGUAAUACCAUUAUGAAUAAAAUUAAUAAAAUACUUGGCCUUAUUUGGAAAACAAUACUGUGUGCGGAAUGUGAUUGACGUUAAGCUACUAAAUAAAAGAUCUGAUUUUCACCGUGCAGCUCUCAUAUGUAUCUUUGUGAAUUCUUUUACACUCUCAGUCUUUAAGGGCUAAACAUAAGAGCAUAAAUUUAGGAUUUAGCAAGCAGAUUAAUAACAUAUGUAAAUAAGAGGUGAAAUUCUAGCCCCAUUGAAAUCAAUGGCAAAGUUCCCAUUCAUUCCACCGUGGCCAGGAUUUUACCGGAAAUUUUCAUUGAGCAACAGAAGAUAAUUCCAUUGAUGAAUCAUAGAACACUAGCACUGGAAGUGACCUCGAGAGGUCAUCGAGUACAGUCCCUUGCCUUCAAGGCAGGACCAAGCUGUGUCCUUGGCCCUUGUAAUAAAAAAGGAAAAUAUCCUAAUCAAAGAUGUAAGAAGGUAAGAAGGUUGGUACACCCAGAAUUUCACCUACUUUUUUCUGUGUCUGUUUACAAAUUUUGCAAUGUUUAUGUAAUGCUGUUUUAUUUCCAAAGUGAAAUGUUUUAUUUUUUUCUAAUAAAAAAUUUAAAAUCA